GUUAAGGCAGACAUCACCAAAUGCAUUAUAGUAAGCACUUUUUAUUGAAAGCCCCAGGUGCCCCUGGAGCCCGCGGUGCCAGCUGGCAGUGGGCAUCCUGCAGGAGCCCCCCCGGCUCCUCCCUCAGUCCUUAUAACAGCUCAGCGCUGCCACGCCGCCCGCUCCAGCAGUCCCACGGUGCUCAUCGGUGUUCCUGCUGGUGCCCGGCCAGCCAAGCCAAGCUGGGAGAGGCUGAAGGAGUUGCUGAAUUUCCUCUAGAUAGUGACUAUUUCUGCUCCAAUGGACAAAGGACUUCACUUCGUGUUCUGUGUGCUUACAACCGUGCUGCUCCUGAGAGAAUCAAGCCACGCAGGAGCGAUGAGGAAUGAUGAUGCUGCGAGUAAGGACGCUGACUUGAGGGGACCGGAAGAGAAUCUUCCAACUUUGACUGUCACAACAAUCCUGGAAGAUCCCUACGUCAUGGUGAGAAGGGCAGAGCUGGAGGGAUACUGCAUUGACCUGCUGAAAGCCCUUGCUUCAAUGCUUCACUUCAGCUACAAGGUGAAGGUGGUGGGAGAUGGGAAGUACGGUGCCGUCUCUUCCAAUGGGAGCUGGACAGGGAUGAUUGGAGAGAUUUUGAGACAGGAAGCAGACAUUGCAGUGGCUCCCCUGACAGUCACAUCAGCCAGGGAAGAGGUGGUCUCCUUCACCACGCCAUUCCUGCAGACUGGGAUUGGAAUCUUGCUUCGAAAGGACACCAUGUCACAGGAGAUGUCUUUCUUCCACUUCCUGGCUCCUUUCAGUAAGGAGACCUGGACUGGUCUCCUAUUUGCUUAUGUUCUGACGUGCUUCUGCCUCUUUCUUGUUGCCAGGCUGAGCCCCUGUGAAUGGAACGAGCCCAAGAAUGAAGAGAAUCACUUCACCUUCUUAAACAGCCUCUGGUUUGGAGCGGGAGCUCUCGCACUGCAAGGUGUCACCCCUCGGCCCAAAGCGCUUUCUGUGCGGGUCAUUGCCGCCAUCUGGUGGCUCUUCACAAUAGCCUUGCUGGCUGCCUACAUCGCCAACUUCACCGCGCUGCAGAGCUCCGGCAGCGAGCAGCUCCCAAUCCAGACCUUUGAAGAUCUCGUGAAGCAAAGAAAGCUCGAGUUUGGGACGUUGGACGGCUCCUCCACGUUCUACUUCUUCAAGAACUCCAAGAAUCCCAUCCAUCAGAUGGUCUAUGAAUAUAUGGACAAGAGACGAGACCACGUUUUAGUCAAAACCUACCAGGAAGCAGUUCAACGCGUGAUGGACUCGAACUACGCCUUCAUUGGUGAAUCAAUCUCUCAAGACCUUGCAGCUGCCAGGCACUGCAAUUUGAUCAGAGCCCCUGAAGUUAUUGGAGCCAGAGGAUUUGGCAUUGCCACAGCCCAGGCAUCCUCGUGGACUAAGAAGCUCUCCAUUGCGGUCCUCAAACUGCGCGAAUUGGGUGACCUUGACUACUUGCGUAACAAGUGGUGGGAGACCAGCUGCCUUCACAAAAGCAGAGAGAGAUGGAGCCCUCUGCAGCCCCAAGCCCUCGGCGGACUCUUCCUUACUCUUGCAAUUGGCCUCGCACUGGGAGUGAUUGCAGCUGUGGUGGAGCUGUCAAAUAAGAGCAGACACGCUGCUGGACAUGUCAAGAAGUCUUGUUGCUCCAUUUUCACAGAAGAAAUAUGCACUCGUCUACGUAUAAAAGAAAAUGCAAGACAAAGCCAGGAGACUUCAGGAAGGGCUAAUGCUUAAAAAACAUGUAAAGGAAUGGGCAUGUCUUAGGGUUCUACCAUAUGUAUUUCAUAGGAACUACAUCAUUGUAGAAAGGUAUUUUUCUGCAAGUCUAGAGUGUUAGCUUCCUAAUCACAAACACACAGCACUUCUGGAUUGGUGGUGGAGCUGGAUUCAAAAGAAAACUAAGCAGCUGGGAGGAAUUGAAGUUGAUGAAGGAUGGAGUGCAACUGUUAAAAUCAAGGAAGGUUAAGAUGGGGGAUCACACCUAGAUUUAGUUUAGAAGUUUACUAUGUAAGUGCAUGAAUGCCUGUAGGAGUAAGGGACUUGGGAUAGGUUAAUGUGAUGCCUCUGUUUACUAAUUACACUGAGGAACAAUCUUGAAAAUUAAAGCUCUCAUCUGACUGUUCU